ACUUUUCAUGUCAAGGGGUAAAAAUAUUUCCAUCAUGGCUCAUUCAAAGACAAGGACCAAUGAUGGAAAAAUUACUUAUCCUCCUGGUGUCAAGGAAAUCUCAGAUAAAAUAUCUAAAGAGGAGAUGGUGAGACGGUUAAAGAUGGUUGUGAAAACUUUCAUGGAUAUGGACCAGGACUCUGAAGAAGAAAAGGAGCUUUAUUUAAACCUGGCUUUACAUCUGGCUUCAGACUUUUUUCUCAAGCAUCCUGAUAAAGAUGUUCGCCUACUAGUAGCCUGCUGCCUGGCUGAUAUUUUCAGGAUUUAUGCUCCUGAAGCUCCUUACACAUCCCCUGAUAAACUAAAGGAUAUAUUUAUGUUUAUAACAAGGCAGUUGAAGGGGUUAGAGGAUACAAAGAGCCCACAAUUCAAUAGGUAUUUUUAUUUACUUGAGAACAUUGCUUGGGUCAAGUCAUAUAACAUAUGCUUUGAGUUGGAAGAUAGCAAUGAAAUUUUUACACAGUUAUACAGAACAUUAUUUUCAGUUAUAAACAAUGGCCACAAUCAGAAAGUUCAUAUGCACAUGGUAGACCUCAUGAGUUCCAUUAUUUGUGAAGGUGAUACAGUAUCUCAGGAGCUUUUGGAUACAGUUUUGGUAAAUCUGGUCCCUGCCCAUAAGAAUUUAAACAAACAAGCAUAUGAUUUGGCAAAGGCUUUACUGAAGAGGACAGCUCAAGCUAUUGAACCAUACAUUACCAAUUUUUUUAAUCAGGUUCUGAUGCUUGGGAAAACAUCUAUCAGCGAUUUGUCAGAACAUGUCUUUGACUUAAUUUUGGAACUCUAUAAUAUUGAUAGUCAUUUGCUGCUCUCAGUUUUACCCCAGCUUGAAUUUAAACUAAAGAGCAAUGAUAAUGAUGAACGCCUGCAAGUUGUUAAACUACUAGCAAAAAUGUUUGGGGCAAAGGAUUCAGAAUUGGCUUCUCAAAACAAACCACUUUGGCAGUGUUACUUGGGCAGGUUUAAUGAUAUUCAUGUACCAAUACGCCUGGAAUGUGUAAAAUUUGCUAGUCACUGUCUCAUGAACCAUCCUGAUUUAGCAAAGGACUUAACAGAGUAUCUUAAAGUGAGGUCACAUGACCCUGAGGAAGCUAUUAGACAUGAUGUUAUUGUGUCUAUAGUUACAGCUGCUAAAAAGGAUAUUCUUCUGGUCAAUGAUCACCUACUUAAUUUUGUCAGAGAAAGAACUUUAGACAAACGGUGGAGAGUGCGCAAAGAAGCCAUGAUGGGACUUGCCCAGAUUUAUAAGAAAUAUGCUUUACAAUCAGCAGCUGGAAAAGAUGCUGCAAAACAGAUUUCAUGGAUCAAAGACAAAUUGUUACAUAUAUAUUAUCAAAAUAGUAUUGAUGAUCGAUUGCUUGUUGAACGGAUCUUUGCUCAAUACAUGGUUCCCCAUAAUUUGGAAACUACAGAACGGAUGAAGUGCUUAUAUUACUUGUAUGCCACACUGGAUUUAAAUGCUGUGAAAGCAUUGAAUGAAAUGUGGAAAUGUCAAAAUCUGCUCAGACAUCAAGUAAAGGAUUUGCUUGACUUGAUUAAGCAACCCAAAACCGAUGCCAGUGUCAAGGCUAUAUUUUCAAAAGUGAUGGUCAUUACAAGAAAUUUGCCAGAUCCUGGUAAGGCUCAGGAUUUCAUGAAGAAAUUCACACAGGUGUUGGAAGAUGAUGAGAAAAUAAGAAAACAGUUAGAAGUACUUGUUAGUCCAACAUGUUCCUGCAAACAAGCUGAAGGUUGUGUGCGUGAAAUAACUAAGAAGUUGGGCAACCCCAAACAGCCUACAAAUCCUUUUCUGGAAAUGAUCAAGUUUCUUUUGGAGAGGAUAGCACCUGUGCACAUAGAUACUGAAUCUAUCAGUGCUCUUAUUAAGCAAGUGAACAAAUCAAUAGAUGGGACAGCAGAUGAUGAAGAUGAGGGUGUUCCAACUGAUCAAGCCAUCAGGGCAGGUCUUGAACUGCUUAAGGUACUCUCAUUUACACAUCCCAUCUCGUUUCAUUCUGCUGAAACAUUUGAAUCUCUCCUGGCUUGUCUGAAAAUGGAUGAUGAAAAAGUAGCAGAAGCUGCACUCCAAAUUUUCAAAAACACAGGCAGCAAAAUUGAAGAGGAUUUCCCACAUAUUAGAUCAAGCAGUGCUGUAUUUGACAUAGGGAAGCAGGGAAGCAUGGAAUAAUCAUCUUAACAGCAGUAUGUGU